UGACUUCAGUUUACGUUGUGCAAAUGUAUGACACAUAAACAUUAGAGAUCUAAGUAGUAUUUUCAAGUAAAAGUAGUUUUACUGUAAAAACUAAAAAGACAAUGGAUUUAAACAGACUGACCAAUGAAAAGAAACUGCAGUUGUGUAGAUGGUAUUUUAGAGUGGGAUGUGCUUUACUACCGUUUGUGUGGGCUGUAAACGUUGUUUGGUUCUUCAAAGAGGCUUUCAUGAAGCCUCCAUACAAUGAACAGAAACAAAUAAAGAAAUAUGUAAUUUUGAGUGGUGUGGGCACUAUAAUAUGGGCGGUGUUGCUAUCAGCGUGGUCAUUGGCAUUCCAGAUUAAACGGGUCUCAUGGGGUGCGACCGGGGACGCCCUAUCAUUUAUAGUGCCAUUAGGACACCCUUAGGCUGGCUCCAGUAUUGCCAGUUGAUAAAAAGAUACCAAAUACCAAUGUAAAAUGCAUUUCAUGAACUCACUAACCAAUGUAUUGGUAUUGAGCGUUGAACUCAAAGCAUAAUCUGAAUUUUCUCUUAGAAAAAUGUCUUACUGAGACUAAUUGCGUCUCAUUACAGAUCGAGCCUAACUUCAUUAAGUAAUUUAGUGUUAAGUCAUAACGAAACCGUUUCUAAUAAUAAAUUUAACUUUGAUGUUUUUACAA